AUGGCUCUCUACAAGAUCCUGUGCAGCGUGACUCUGAUGCUCCUUUUUACACCCAACGGGGGUCACGCCGUUAUGCCAGAAUGUGGCAAAAUGGUGGACGGUCAUCCAGACCAUCUGCCCUGGCAGGCUAUCAUCACCAUUGAUGGGCGUAUCCGCUGUUUAGGCUCCCUCAUCAAUCAGCAGUGGGUGCUGACAGACGGCCACUGUGGAGCUGGACACUUCCUUCACGCAUCGGUUUCUCUUGGGCGUAUGGACAUGUCAGAUCCUGAGAACAACUGCGAGGAAAUGAGAGAAGUUGACUACUUCACAUGCAACGAACCGACGUCCAACUCACUGAUCACCAGGGACAGUAUGUGUCUCCUGAGGAUGGCCACCCCUGUGAAUUUUACAGACUUCAUAUUUCCAGUCUGCAUCGCCUCAGGGGACAGCAACAUCCACUCUGGGACAGAGAGCUGGGUCGCCACUGGUUCCUACACUAACCCCCUCAUGAAGGUACCACUAGUCGGAUACAACACGUGCAAAUGCUCCAUUCCUAAACUCAAAGAUCACAUGAUCUGUGCUGGAAAGCUAGAUCACCACUGGCUUGACGAUGAAUGCCUGGUUAACUUAGGAGGAGGCCUGUUGGUCAAUUACAAUGGCUACUGGACCCUGAUUGGAGUCGUGAGGUUGGAUCCAACCUGCAGCGAGCUUGAUGCCCUCAAAACGUACAGCGAUGUGUCCCCGUGCCAGGAAUUUCUCUCAAACAUCACUGACGAACACAACCGGCCAACCUUUGUUUCCGUCAAAUCCAUCGGGACUGACCCUGAUGUCAACUUUGUCUGUCUUCCACCCAAUCCUCCAGAGCCUCCCAUGCCACCAAAACCCCAACCUCCCUGCACUGAUCCCCCAGCUCCCCCAUGUCCAAAGCCAGAGGGGGGAUGCAGGGAUGACAGCGUGUUUGAUAGUGGUGUUAGCAUGAUGCCCUCUUCCCCCUUCGUCCUACUCUUUGUUCUCGUUCUUUCACUCUGCGGUGUUUACUGGUGA